AUGAACCAACAGGCAAAAGAUGCUGACGUCGCCCCGAAGUGCGUCAUCGGUCAUGGUGACAACUUUUACUGGAACGGCAUCGACAGUGCCAACGGACGUGACUCCCGUUUCACAACCACCUAUGAGUCGAAAUUUGACGGUGACAACAUCAAGACGUUGCCGUGGGUGAACGUCCUCGGUAAUCACGACUACGGUGGAGCCGACUACAUUUGCUCGGACGGUGACAGUGCCGGCAAAUGCUCGGAUACUGAUGACCUGUUGACUUCAUUGAAAAAUAAAUUUCCGUGGCAGUCGACGUACACAAGUCCGAAUGACGAUCGUUGGGUGUUGGAAGACCAUUUCUACGUUUACUCAAUUAAGGACGAGGCUUCGGGUAUAAGCAUUGACAUCUUUAACGUUGAUUCGGGUGAUGCUGACUCGCACGGUGCUACAGAGGUGUGCUGCCAAUGCUAUGGCUACGCUGCGAUGACUCUCGUAAGCAACUGGAGGCGAAUAUUGCCAACUCGUGGGCGACUCCACCUCUGGCUGAACGGUCACACACACGGUGAGAAUCACGACUACUCGACGUCUCUCGGUGUGCAUUUCGUUGAUAAUGGAGCGGGCGGUGGCAUUCAGAAGGAAUAUGCUACCGGUAGUGGCAUCCCGACGUAUGCUAAGGAUUUAGUGGAGAACCUGUGGGUAUAUGACGGUCAAGAGUAUGGCUUCUUCUCGUUGACAGCUUCGAAAGACUGGCUGAAGCUGCAAUAUCACACGACUGACGACAAGUGGUCCUUUGCGGAGAGUUUUAACUCGACUUCAGUGGGUGGCGUUGCAACGAAACACUGCUGGUACAUUCCUAGCGACGGUGCGGAGGGCAAAGAGUGCACGUCAAGCUCGUAG